GCAAAUGUGCUGGAGACGGCAGCGUACGCGGUGGACACUCGCGGUACAGAGGGAUCACAAGGGAUCAGCAGCUCCCAAUCAGCGAAAGCAGUUUCAAACCAGGAAGUGGCAGGAGUUAAAAUGGCUUCUAAACAGCAGGUCGAGAGUUGGACGGAGGAGACACUUUGUCCCAUCUGCCUGGAUUUCUUCACCGACCCGGUUAUCCUGGAGUGUGGGCACAACUUCUGCCGCUCCUGUAUCACACAGAGUUGGGACAGAGAGGAGAGAAACUCAUGCCCGGAAUGUAGAGACGAGUUUACAGACCGCACCCUCAGGGUUAAUCGGGCCUUGGCGAGACUGUCUGAGAAAGCUCGAACACUGAGCCUGAAUACGGAAGAGAAGGAAAGUAAACAUCACUGCGACAAACAUCAGGAAGAACUGAAGCUGUUUUGUGAAACGGACAAGAAACUGAUCUGUGUGAUUUGUGCAGCUGGGCGGGAACACAAGUCUCACAGCUUCAUGCCGGUCGAUGAAGCUGUUGAAACCUACAAGGAUCAGGUUAAAUCAUCCAUACAAUCUCUGACAACAAAUAAAUCAGCCAUCCAGGAAAUGGAAGACCAACAGAAGCAGAAGAUUUCCCAAGUCCGGGUGAGACCUUGUUGUGUGGCAUUUCUGAUCGUGUUGUGUAGUUUUGUAGUUAGUUAG